CGGAUUUUUUUCACAAAUUUUUUUAAUAAGGUAAAAAUUAUUUUGUAGUGCGAAAUUUAUAUUUAUAUUUUUCUAGAUACAAUAAAAUGUUUUUUAUUAAGUUGUCUGAAAUUUGUGUAUUAUUAUUAUACGUGAUAGUAGUGUUUGUUGAAGCUCCAAAUAAUUCCACGACAAGAAAUACAAUAAUUAUUAAUAGCCUUUGCCAAAACGAUGGAUGGCAACAUUUAACUGACUUACAGUAUGUAAAAUAUAGUAGUAGACCAUAUAUGUUAGAUAAUAUUAUUACAAUUGUCAAACACACUACGUGCAAUAAAAAAGUGCAUGCCGCUGCUUUAAUACUUCGUUGUACAUACGCUAAUGAUUUAAAAAAAAUAUUCAAUAUGGUUAUUGAUUAUUGUAAUGAAUGUAAAAAAGUUUUAUCUCAAAACAAAAAUUUCUAUGAAUGUACUAUAGAUUUAUUGACUAUAACUAAGAAAAUAACUUUAUUGGCAACAGUCAUGAAAGAAUCAUUGAUUUCAUUAGACGGGUUAUGUAUUACUCCUUUAAACGACACAAGAGAUGAUUAUAUAUUAUAUUGUUAUUUGUCACAUUUACAAAAAAUCGAAAAUAGUAUUAUUAAUAAAACUCCAUUACAGAAUAAUCCAAAUACUUGUGAAAAAAUCUUAGAAAACAUUGAUUUUACAUUUAAUAAAAUGAAAGAAGAUAUUAAUAUUGAUAUAAAUGAUAAAUCAAAAAAAUGUUUCUUUAAACCUGAAAUUGUUAAAGAAAUGUCGCAAGAUUUGAAAACAGUAAAUAAAAUAAAAAAAGAUAAAAAAAAAAUUUCUUCUUUAGAAUAUUUCAAUGAAAUAAUAGAUAAUGAUAUUAAGAAGAUUGUUAUAGAAAAGUGUUUCAAUUUAGGCUUCUAUUUUAACACAGAAAUUCAGAUGAUUGAUGUACCACUACCAAAAGAAGUUCUUGAUAAUAAAAAAAUGAAAAAGUCAGACACACCAUAUUUAAUCGAAAUAGAAAAAAAAAAGAAAACUGAAACCGGAGUCGCAGAAUUAUUAGACUUUCUUAAAAAUGCAUUAAAUUCUGACAAAAAUUUAAAUGUUGUAAAAUUAACUGGCCAAAAUUUAAAUGCUGAAAAAUCAGUUGACGUAAACUCAGUUGACAAAGAGUAUGAUGACACAGAAUUAAUUUACGAAAGUUUACUUCAGAAUUUGGAUUCAUCUGACUCAUCCGAAUUGAACCAUAAAAAAUUGAAGUUAUAGUAAGACAGAAUUUUUUUUUAUAAGCUAUUUUAUUCAAGUUUUUGUCAAAAAAAUAACUGCAAAUUGAGAGGAAAUUCAGCAAAAUUUAUAAUAUUUAAUUAAAAUUUUUCUGUAAAACUAAUUAAGAGUAUAUAUUUAAGACAUACACGACUAAUUUACACACAUCUAUUUAUUUAUAAUGAUUGAAAAAAAGAUAUUAUUGUACCAAAGCUUAAAAAAUCAAAUUAUAUG